UUGAAUCACAUUAUUAUUAGCUCUAAUUUAUAGCUCUUUCUCUCUCUCUCUCUUUCUCUCUUUUUGUUUUUGUUUUUGUUUUCUCUCAGUACUAGAAAAAUAGAGAGAUCUAAGAUCAGAGAGUAGAGAUUAUUAUUAAGAGAGAAUUAUAUAUAUAAUGGGGAGCUUAGGAUCAGAGAUUAGUGAGGAGUAUAGUAAUGGUGAUUUGAUAGUAUUAGAAGAAGAGAGUAGUAGUUGGAGUAGUAAUAAUGGUUUUAAUAAUGGUAAUAACAAUAAGUUGCCAUUAUUAUCUUUGAAUCAUGUUUCGUAUGUCUGUAAAUCGGUGGCCAAAUCUGUGAAGUUUUAUGAAGAGGUUUUGGGUUUUGUUCUUAUCAAAAGACCUUCUUCUUUCAAGUUCGAAGGAGCUUGGUUAUUCAACUAUGGAAUCGGCAUUCACUUACUAGAAGCACAAUCAGGCAACAACAAGAAAACUCAGACAAAGAAAAUCAACCCAAAAGACAACCACAUAUCGUUCCAGUGCUCGGACAUGAGUCUGGUCAUGCAAAAGCUAGCUCAGUUGAACAUUCACUACGUCACUGCUGUGGUCGAAGAAGGUGGCAUCGUAGUCGACCAGCUAUUUUUUCACGACCCAGAUGGCCAUAUGAUCGAGAUUUGUAACUGUCAAAACCUCCCUGUUCUACCACUGGUGGCCUCCUCUUCUUCUUGCCCUCUCAAGAAGAGCAAACCCACAACCACCAUUGCUGCUGCUGCUGCUGCUGAUGAUGAUGAUGCUGUUGCUUCGAGCGUGCGCAACCGACGCUUGUUGGAGAAGAAACAGUGCUGUGCUGAGGCUGCAGUGGUCACCAUGAUGGACAACUUGGUUAUGGAUAUGAUGAACAUUUAUUUAUGAGACAGCCUAUGAUUAUGUAUAAGACUAUUAUAGAGUGUUUUUUUCUUUUUUUGAUGUUAUGGGGUCAAAUGGUUUCGUGGGGGUUUUUUUUUUGUUUUUUUUUUUGUGUAUAGUGUAAAGAUAGGGUGAUCAGUACUGUGAUUACGGCUCUUGGUCAGUUUUGUCUUUGUUUUUGUUCAUGUUUAGUCUAUUGUUAUAAUUAUUAUUGGUUAAUUUAAUUUGUUGAAUUAGUUCAAUAAAUGUGUACCGUCCCUACAAAAACAGAAUAAAUUGAAAUGAAAGUGUGAAAUGAACCUGUUUUCUUCCUUUA